UGAGGGACUUAGUCUAGCGAGUCCCACUUUAUCUCAUUAAAGUUAGUCCCUGUGUGUAACAAACACAGGAUUUCACUAACUAUUAAUCUAGUGAAACUUGGUGAAGUGAAACAAACACACCCUAAAGAUCCCAAAAGCCAUGGACUCGAGCUCCAGGAACAGGCCUCCGAUCUUGGUCCUCAAUCUUCUCCAUAUUUUCACGAUCCUCUCCUUCUCACUCGCCCAAUCCACCGCCCAAGCUCCGUCGCCGGCCUCCGAUUCCUGCAACGGCGACUUCCUGCCGUACGCCUACACCACCGGAGCCCGAGGUCAAAGACCCGUCCCAGCAGCCCUACCGGUUCGAGUCGGUGCUCAACAACGGACUCGACGAUCUCAAGUCGUGGAGGGUUUGUGGGGUUUACUAACAAUGAGUACUUGGUCUCUGCCUCCAAUACCGGUUUGGCCGACGGGGGUAGCAUUCCUGGGAGUGUGGGAAACGGCACCGUCUUUGCUGGGUAUCCGAUGACCGAUCUGAAAACGGCGGUUAAGACGGCGGGGGACUUGACCCAGAUGCAGGUUCAGGUCAAAUUGACCGGGACCCAGUUCGGUGUGGCCCCACCCAAAGUUCCCAUGCCUUCCAAUCUUACUUUGGCCAAUGAUGGGUUCGUCUGCCCAGCGGCUGCAAUGCAAGACACAAACAAGAUGCAAAAUCCACGUGGUGUGCAUGGUUUUUUACUAGUAUUCAGCCAAAUAUAUUUAGUACACCAAAUACUAUUGCAUUGGAGGAUGAUUUCCCCAUCCUUGCUAUCUUAUCUACUUGAAUGCUUGGGCCUGAAGAUUUCAACCACAUCUUGGAUGACUCGACGGGAAUGUGAGGUUCUUUGGUUUCUUGCUUCGUCAUCUCACUUUCUACACUCAUCUUCCUCUUCCAUCUCAUUCUCCCUCCUAGAGAUUGAACAUUUAUUCCCCUUCCUUAAACAAUUCUUUCUUUUGCUCAUCGAUUUCCCACAUCCUUGAAGAAGACAUUGUAAGAAGGAAAUAAAAACUAAGGAUAAAGAUUUUGAGAGAUUUUGAUUUUGGUAUGUGAUUUCUUAGGAUGGAUGGUGGGUUAUAUGGAGAAAAAAGAAAUGAUUAGGUUGUAGUUAAUGUCACGCGGCACGUCGUGAUUUGUUUAAAAAUCUUAUCGAAAUCUAUCCUCAAAGAUUCUAAACAGAUUGUGACA